ACCCCAGAGAAGAUGAAGGAGAAAAUAGGCAGAAAUCUGCAUAACAAAGUCUCAAGUCUACUAUUAUCACUUUAAAUCCUUGUGGUCAUCUCCAUUAGAUUCUGAAGGAGGAAACUUUGGCCUUUUCACAAUGUUGCUGGCUUUUAGGGAUGCCAUUAGACUCACGACCAAGAAGGUCACAUAUGAAGAAGGCUGCCAAGAUCCUAAUCCUGAUACACUAAAGCUACUAAAAGAGUUGAGCUUGAAGCGCAGGGCAAUUGAAGAAUCACUAAACAGGAGAAGCACCAUUAAAGAGUCAGUUGCAGGUGAAAUGGGAGAAGUUAAUUACCAGGAUCAACAGAGGCUGGAGCAAUAUAUACCUCUCUUAAUGCACUUGUUAGCAUAUACAGAUUCUCAUCCCAAGCCUUCACCUAUACUCUGUUGGAUGUGUGGCUUAAAACUAAAAUGGUCUAGCUCUAUGACUUCAUCUUGUUGCCUAAAAAUCGGUGGUCCAAAGUUCUACCAUAUCUAUAGCUUCCGGUUUGAGCUUGGAAUGAGUUUUUUCCUCUAUGGUGCCGUUCUACGAGAGAGGGGUUUUGCAACCUUAUCAACAGGUGAACUAGUAGAGAGUGCUACGUUGUUUAGGAAAGCUGCAGGAGUUUUUAGUUAUCUUGCUGAGAAAGUACUUCCUCCUCUGAAGUAUUUGUUGCCUGAUGAAAGUCCAGUAGAAGCUACUUCAUCUUUAUCCUCUCUUAUGAGAAUUAUAUGCUUGGCUGAUGCCCAGGCUGUGACUAUCAAGAGAGCUGAGGAGAAGGAAAACAGUCCAUUGCUUUUGUCGAAGCUACAUUAUGGUAUUAGUCAGAUACUAGAUGAAGCAACUUGUAUCAUGAAUGCGAAACCAGGAGAGCUUAGACAUCUAUCAGCGGCGGUUAAGGGAUUAGUUUCCACAUGUAAAGUACUACACGAACUAAGAAGCCAAAGGAGUCUCGCUGAGGAACUGAGGGGCAAUGAAAAAAUUGGAAUAGCAAUUUUAGUUCUUCGCCAUGCCACAGCCAAUCUAAAGAAAGUGAAGACACCAAAGAAUGAGCCAUAUACCUCAAUAUUCAAUGAGGAAGUCAAGGAUGCAUCAGAAAUGUUGAAGAAAUUCGAACAUGAGAAUGAUUUUGUGUGGCAACAGAAAAUCCCUACUGCUCAUUUGUUGCCAUCUCUUCAGGGGAAGAGCAUUGUUACAUCUAUUCCUUAUGAACCUCAAAAGUUGGAAGGCCCGGAACUUUCUAUGUUCGAAUGACAGUAUAUACACUGAGAAGGAUGCGAGAAUUGUAUAGUUAUUUUGAGAUUUUUGGUUUUUGAUGUUAUUUGAUCCUUCAAGCAGUGUGAAGUAGGAUUAACCAGAAGCUGAAUAUUUCUUUACGGGGUCAUUUUGACGUCAAUGUAAA